GAAGUCACAUCUCCUGUGCAAGUAAGACAAGUUUAAGUGCAAGCAUCUUGCCGGUCAGAAUUUCAACAUGGCGUCGUUACAGCAAACAACCUCCAGCCAGGGGCUCUUCCUCAAUAUACUCCUCAUUGCAAUAACGUUACCAGUAGCGUCCUGUCUGACCCCAACCUCGUUCCCAGGGACUCACCAUCCAAACGCGCAUUCUGGCCUGGACAACUUCCAGAAGGGGAUGAUCAUUGGGUUUGUGACGUUCGCCGUCUUGGCCCUUUUCAUGAUGAUAUUGAUCCUGUACUUCCUCGUGAAGGGCACCAGACGAGAGUUGAAAAAGGCGCAGGUCGAGUUGGCCGAGCUGCGCGAGCAGCGGAGGCAGGACGUUGCCUCGGAGAGGCUCCAGGUACGAAGUCGGACCUCAGAGCUACAGUGCAUUGUGGACGAGGACGAGGACGACUCGUCCGAUCUAGUGAAGGACGAGAAGGACCAAUAUGAGGACGAGUUUGACUGUGUAGCACCCCCGUCGCCGUCGUAUGAUAAUUAUACGUACGUGAACAUGAAGAGGAAUGGUCGCCAUGGACGGAAGCCGAAACAGGCCAAUGAUUUUAUUAUAGAAAACUGAGGGAUGAAAAGGAGAUCGAUUAAUAAUAUGCAAGUUUUGUCUAGAUUUUUAACGGAAUAAUACACGUGGAAAUGCUUCAGGCUCUCUGAGCGCAGCUAUCUGUUGUUGGCCUAGAAGUUACUUUACUACUUCACCUGGGCCCAAUUUCAUAGAGCUGCUGAGCACACAAAAAUUGCUUAGCAUGAAAUUUCUUCUUUAAAAAAAACCCAGGAUUACCAACCAAAUUUCUAUUGGUUGCAUAUUGCUUGUUACUGGUAUUCAGCUGGUGUUUUCUUAUCCUGAGUAUCACAUGGAAGUUUGGUUGGUAGUCCUGUUUUUAUCAAGGAAGAAAUUUCAUGCUAAGCAAAUUUUCGUGCUAAGCAUCUCUUUGAAAUUGGGCCCAGGUUCUGGUUCUUGUAUACUGUAUAAUGUAUACUGUACAAUCUCAUCAAAUGGGAUAUGACAUGACGGCGACUGUGGCGGGCAAGAUGCACACAUCCAAGUGCUGUAGCAUCAAAUAUUGCAACAUGAGAUCACGUACACAAGAACAGAAAAACAAACAAGUGACAGAGGAACACUUCAAAGCUCCUGACAUAGAAACGGAAAACUGGGGAGAAGAUGGAGCUGGGCAGGACACAAUAGCUCUAGACCAUAGAGUUAUAUAUAAGAACUAGAGGGCGCACUUGCCUAUAUACGCACUCCGGCAUGCGCGCAGGCGGCCAU